AUGGAGUUGGACUUAUUGCCAGGAGAGUCUAGGGGGUACUGGAAAUACCACGCCCCUACUAAAUGGUUCAGGCAAGCGAAAGCCUCUGGAAAGGUCAACAACGACCAUGCAAAUUUGUUGCUCGAUACUGGUGCCGAGAUAUCCAUUCUGGAUAUCGCCUUUGCUCGUAAGGUAGGCUGCCAAAUUGAUGAAAGUGAACGACAAGAAUGUAUUGGUAUUGGGGAAGCCGUAUACACCACGGAGGGACGCACUCGCAUCAAGGUCAUUCUGAAUGGGAACUUGGUGUACAUCUUUAAGGUGUGGGUAGACCCUAUGGUAGGCCAGGAUGCAAUUUUGGGGAUGGACUUCAUGGUCCCAGCCGGUAUCCGGUUAGACUUGGCCGACGGAACUCUUUGCCUCCCCGAUGAAGUCAGGAUAUCCGUUGGAGGAUGUACGGAAGUGCCUCUCAAAAGGUCGACCUCAGAACAGUGGAAAUUGGAGCAAGUUCCGAGAACGCCAGGGUUUGUCUCGGUGGGCUCUCGAAGAUAUGCGGAAUGGCUAAAUCUGACUUAUGAAUCUACCACCGACCAAGUCGACCAUCAGGCCGACCCAACGGAAGAGGAAGAGGGGCCAAUAGUGGAGAGACCAGAAUAUAAGACUCCGUCACACAUCUUACAGCGACCAGCGGCCCCAACCCCAAUGAUGAAUAUGACGUACCAACCAAUACCCGACAGAGAUGAACAACCGUGCGAAGAAGAGGUGAAUUGGCAGGAGGGGUCUAUCCAGGAACGGAGUGUAGCUAAGGAAGACCUACCUGUAGUGAUCACUACCAUGGAGAAGGAAGCCAAACUGGUAGACUUGUUACAGGCAGAUGACCAGGUGUGUUCUUUCGAGAGUGGGGAACUUUGGGCCGAGGACAUAAGGCCAGGGUGGGCGGUCGUACCGGAAGUGGACCCCUCAUCCGAAGGCAUUGCGUUAGAAGAUAUACAGAUUCCUGAUCCAGAUGGGAAUACUCCCGAAGAGGUGGACCGAUUGCGACAAUAA